CGCCCCCUCUAUCUCCUCCACCCUCCCCCUCCCCCUAGCCUGAGGGCGGGCGCCGACUUCGUACAGCAAUUGAGUGAGCGCUCUGCUUUUUGAGCUCGAGGGCGCUGCCUAACCGCGAAGUACCGCCGCCUCGUCCGCCCCGGCGUGGGUAUCCUGUCCUGCACAGGAGAGGUCUCCAUGGCUGUCCAUGGGACAUGUGAGCAUAACUUUUAAAGUGCCAUAAAGAUACUUCCUGAGACCAGCCCCUGGGAGCCAACCUCUGUGAGCCAAUGAGCAGUUCCACCUACUGAGCUCCAAGGAGGCUCCUCUAACAUUGUCUUUUUAAGAGAUACACGUGCUCUGGCAUCCUGAAGCUGACAGCAUGGAGUCCCUCUCUUUGGCUUCCACACCUAGCUGGAAUGCCUCAGCUGCUUCCAGCGGUAGCCAUAACUGGUCACUAGUGGACCCGGUGUCACCCAUGGGAGCCCGGGCGGUAUUAGUGCCUGUGCUCUACUUGUUGGUAUGCACCGUGGGACUGGGUGGAAACACACUGGUCAUCUAUGUGGUGUUGCGGUACGCCAAGAUGAAGACAGUUACUAACGUGUACAUCCUGAACCUGGCCGUGGCUGACGUGUUGUUUAUGUUGGGGCUUCCUUUCCUGGCAACACAGAAUGCUGUCUCCUACUGGCCCUUUGGCUCCUUCUUGUGCCGCCUGGUCAUGACACUGGACGGCAUCAACCAGUUCACCAGUAUCUUCUGCCUGAUGGUCAUGAGUGUUGACCGCUACCUGGCCGUGGUCCACCCUCUCCGCUCAGCCCGGUGGCGUCGCCCACGGGUAGCCAAGCUGGCCAGUGCUGCCGUCUGGGUCUUCUCGCUGCUCAUGUCUCUGCCGCUCUUGGUCUUUGCGGAUGUCCAGGAGGGCUGGGGCACCUGCAACCUGAGCUGGCCGGAGCCUGUGGGACUGUGGGGUGCAGCCUUCAUCACUUACACGUCUGUACUGGGCUUCUUUGGGCCCCUGCUGGUCAUCUGCUUGUGCUAUUUGCUCAUCGUAGUGAAGGUGAAGGCUGCAGGUAUGCGUGUGGGCUCCUCACGGCGGAGGCGCUCAGAACGCAAGGUGACUCGCAUGGUGGUGGUAGUGGUGCUGGUGUUCGUGGGCUGCUGGCUGCCUUUCUUCAUUGUCAACAUCGUCAACCUGGCCUUCACGCUGCCCGAGGAGCCCACCUCUGCCGGCCUCUACUUCUUUGUGGUGGUCCUGUCUUAUGCCAAUAGCUGUGCCAACCCCCUGCUCUAUGGCUUUCUCUCUGAUAACUUCCGUCAGAGUUUCCGGAAGGCUCUGUGCCUACGAAGAGGAUACGGUAUGGAGGAUGCAGAUGCCAUAGAUCCACGGCCAGACAAGAGUGGGCAGCCACAGGCCACACUGCCCACACGCAGCUGUGAGGCCAACGGGCUCAUGCAGACCAGCAGGCUUUGAGUGUCCCAGUAACACCUGGGGGUGUCCUGCGGGGCCUCUGUGGUGUUGUCUUCUGGGAUAUGAGAGUUUGCUGAGAUGCACUCGCCCCCAGGCCUACAAGUUGGACUCCUCUUGGUGGCAGUGUGAAGACAGCUGUCUGCGGCUAAGCCAUGGGUAACUGAUCAUCUCUCUCACCAAAACGUUCUGCUAGACCAGGGUCUGAGAGAUGGGAGAUCAUGUGAUAGGCUUGACAGGGAGAAAGGGCUGGAUUUUGCCCCUGAAAAUAUUCAGGCACCUUCACCUGUACUGUGGCAUAAUUUUUGUCAGCCUCUCAGGCCAAGAAGCAAUUUUCCAGAAGAGAGCCAAGAAAUGAUUCUCUUGUAGACUAUUGGUGUGUGCUGGCGAUUACCCACCCUGAAGCUGUGCUGGCCUGCUGGCCCUCAGCCACUGUUCCUUGUUCUGGUCAGCGUGGGAGACAAAUGAAAGGUAUCCAUGUGUGUUCAGCCCCAGCCUCUGCGAUCCUGCAGCUACAUGUACUUCGAGGCGACAGUUUUAACAAAGAUGCACUGGCCCUGAUGAAACCUUGGGCCCUAUUCUGGCUGCUUCCCAUCUUUCUCCAGCACAAGGAAAAGCAAGGUCUUGGCCUUUAUGAUGGGAGCAGGUAGGCGGGGCAGACGCAUGGUGAAGACUGGGAAGAGAAUGGACACACUACGAUCUGGUCUCUGCACAGUGGCCCAGUGGAGAGGGUUCUACUGAGGUUGAGAGACUGGGGCUGAGAGACUACGAGGACACACAGGGGGCUUAACAGCCUUCCAUCUCUUUAAGGCAGGUUGCUGGGGCUCUGUCCCUGGAGAAGGAGCAGGGUGAGCAGGUAGCAGGCAGGAACAAACAGCAGAGCCUGGAAAGACCUACCAUGCGAGAGAGUGCAAAUGCCAGCCAGUGCCAGGGAGGGCCAAGUCUCUGGGGAAUCUGUGAUCCCACCUCAGCAGCUUCUCUACGCCAGACCCAGAAUGUGCUCAAAGCCCCCAUGUCCACAUUUUGCCCUGGUGUCCCCGGGGCUGGAGAAAGAAGUUAAUCCUACUAUUUAUUCUUCUGCCCUGGGCUGCCCUGCCUGGCAUGCCUGGCUCCCUGGGAGGGUGCAGAGACCAGGACAGCAGGACCAGGCAGAGGGAAGGCUGAGGGGGUUUCUCUGUCUCAAAUGUGACCCCUCCCCAGGCAAAUGCUAGCCCUGUAAGCUCAUCCCUCAUAAUGAGGGCACUUGUGCUCCACAACCUGCCUCUGAAUAAAUUAGAAAAUAAGCUGUU